AUGGCUACUGUCAGCUCGAUGGACAAGGACCUGGAGAGGGGAAGCGACAAGCAAGUCGUUGUGAUUACAGAGAAAAACUCAGUCUCUUCUCUCUCAAGCAUUUCAUCAUCAUCAACACUUAGCAGCCUGACAAAACCUGGAUCGACACAUAUCGAGGAGCCUGUCCCACCAAAGCGACAAGCAAGAGUCAUCCGAUACUUACGACACACUGGUCUCAAUGUGUAUCGGAGGAUCUUCUCCAUCGUCUUCCUCGCUAAUCUUGCUGGUUUGAUCGGCCUGUUGGCGUCCGGCCAUUCUUCCAUUCUGACCCACAUGCCGUAUGCGGCCAAUGCUGCAGCAGCCAACUUCCUAGUCGCAAUUCUGAUUCGCCAAGAUUAUAUCUUCAACAUGAUCUUUCGCGUUUGCCAACUGGUACCACUGUCAGCACCAUUACGAGUGCGCAGAAUCCUUGCCAAAGUCUACGAACAUGGUGGCAUGCAUUCUGGAUGUGCGAUCGCUGGAACUAUGUGGUUCAUCCUUCUGACCGUCCUCAUCGUCGUCAAUUUCGAGACUGGCCGGAUCAUCCACACGCCUCUUGUACCGAUCUUUACCGUCUUGUUACUCAUUAUUUUCCUUGUCAUGUGUGUCUUUGCGCAUCCGGCUAUCCGUCACAAGUUCCACAAUUCUUUCGAGUUUACCCACAGAUUUGCUGGCUGGUGUUCGAUUGUUGUCUUCUGGGUCGACCUUGUUCUCAUCGCCGACACCGGUCGUGUCCAGAACACCACCAGUCCCGAGCCGCUUGGCGUUGCUCUGGUCAAGCUUCCUGCUUUCUGGUUCCUCAUCGUUAUGAGUGUGCAUAUCGUCUUACCUUGGCUUCGCCUUCGCAAGGUCGCUUUCACUGCCGAGCGUCUAUCAGAGCAUGCUAUCCGCCUCCAUCACAAAGAGCACAUGGGUCCUUAUCGUGGUAUCGCCAUUGCUGAGUCACCUCUUGGCGAAUGGCAUCCCUUUGCCUGCUUUCCCGACGGUGAUGGUGUGAACAACAGCAUCAUGAUCAGUCAUGCCGGCGACUGGACACGCAGAACCAUCGACAGCCCCAAGUCUCACUACUACGUCAAGNGCGUCCUCAAAACCAAUGUUUUGAGUAUGGCGUCCAUCUUCAACCGCGUCUUGCUAGUCACGACUGGCACAGGUAUCGGUCCCGCUCUUUCUUUCGUCGCCGAGCCCAGCCGCAAAGGCCAAUGUCAGGUCUUGUGGGUGUCAUCAUCGCCCGAAAAGACUUUUGGCCAGCCUUUGAUUGACUGGGUUUUCACUCUCAAUGGUAAUGCGAUCGUUUGGGACUCCGNNAAGAAAGACGGUCGUCCUGAUAUGGUCGCUCUGACUUUGAGGCUGUACAAGGAGAUGAACGCUGAGGCUGUCUUUGUUGUGAGUAAUCCCAAGUUGACCAAGCAAUUGGUGUAUGGGUGUGAAAGUCGUGGUAUUCCAGCAUAUGGACCCAUCUUCGAUUCAUAG